CCUUUUUUCCCCUUUUGGUUGGGGAUCAAUCUCUCCCAGAGAAGUUCAGGGAAACAGGAUUUCAAAAAAACAAAAUUGAAUUCCAUAGAGCUUCUCAUUUUCCUCUCCCAAAUUCACCACCUUCUUUAAGUGAUCUAGAAAGGAGGAGUCUAUGGCGUACAAAGUGGAUCAGGAGUACGAUUAUCUGUUCAAGGUUGUGCUAAUCGGAGAUUCGGGCGUGGGGAAGUCGAACAUCCUCUCACGGUUUACGCGCAAUGAGUUCUGCUUAGAGUCUAAAUCGACCAUCGGUGUUGAAUUCGCCACGAGGACUCUCCAGAUAGAGGGAAAGACGGUGAAGGCGCAGAUAUGGGACACAGCUGGCCAAGAAAGGUACCGGGCCAUCACGAGCGCGUACUACAGAGGUGCGGUCGGUGCGCUCCUGGUCUACGACAUAACCAAGCGCCAGACCUUUGACAAUGUCCAAAGAUGGCUCCGCGAACUACGGGACCACGCAGACUCGAACAUUGUCAUAAUGCUGGCAGGGAACAAGUCCGACCUCAACCACCUCCGAGCAGUCUCAUCAGAGACCGCCCAGGUCCUGGCCGAGAAGGAAGGCUUGUCCUUUCUGGAGACAUCUGCGCUAGAGUCAUUCAACGUCGAGCAGGCGUUCCAGACGAUUCUGAUAGAUAUCUACCACAUCAUUAGCAAGAAGGCGCUCGCAGCCGAGGAGGCGGCUUCAGGCAUCGGGAUUCCUCAAGGAACGACCAUCAACGUCGGGAAUCUAUCGGGUAAUUUUGGCCGGAGAGCUUGCUGUUCGAAUUGAUAUGGGGGAUACGAAGUAAUGGACCACGAGAGGAUUUGAAUCAAUGGAUGAAAUAUAGAGUACUCUCAUGGCUCUUAAUCUUUUGAUUUUAGAUUCUUUCAAAUAUUUCUCUCUUCUUUUUCUUUUUUUUCCCUUUUCGGUAUAGUGUGGGGGUUGGAAACCACUUAUGCAUUGUAACUUUAUCAUAUCUCUAUCUCUUUAAUCUUCCUUUUUGUACGUUAAUUGAUGUAUUCACUCUUGAAAAUACAGUUUCUUUCUCUUGAUAUUUC